GCUUGCGCUUGCGGAUAAGGAUGGGCGGGCGGCGGGUACGGGGCUGGAGGGUGAAGCUGUGGGCUGUGGGCCAUGGUUGGUUGGAUUGAGCCAGGCCGGGCCGGGGCGCCGAGCUGGAGGGGGUGGCAGUGAGCGGCGGCGGAGGCUGCAGGGUUCGAUUUGGCUGACUGGGGAGUCGGCCGGUGGCAGGAGCCAUGCGGGGCCAGCGGAGCCUGCUGCUGGGCCCUGCCCGCCUCUGCCUGCGCCUGCUUCUGCUCCUGGGCUACAGGCGCCGCUGCCCACCUCUGCUCCGCGGCCUGGUUCAGCGCUGGCGCUAUGGCAAGGUCUGCCUGCGCUCCCUGCUCCACAACUCCUUUGCAGGCAGUGACACCGCUGUGGAUGCUGCCUUUGAGCCUAUCUACUGGCUGGUGGACAACGUGAUCCGCUGGUGUGGGGUGGUGUUCGUGGUGCUGGUGAUCGUGCUGACCAGCUCUAUCGUGGCCAUUGCCUACCUGUGUAUCCUGCCCCUCAUCCUUCAAACCUACUCAGUGCCACGACUCUGCUGGCAUUUCUUCUAUAGUCACUGGAAUCUGAUUCUCAUCGUCUUCCAUUACUACCAGGCUAUCACCACUCCACCUGGAUACCCACCCCCGGGCAGGAAUGAUAUCACAACAGUCUCCAUCUGUAAGAAGUGCAUUAACCCCAAGCCAGCCCGAACACACCACUGCAGCAUCUGCAAUAGGUGUGUGCUGAAGAUGGAUCAUCACUGCCCCUGGCUAAACAACUGUGUAGGCCACUAUAACCAUCGGUACUUCUUCUCUUUCUGCUUUUUCAUGACUCUGGGCUGUGUCUACUGCAGCUACGGAAGUUGGGACCUUUUCCGGGAGGCUUAUGCUGCCAUCGAGAAAAUGAAACAGCUCGACAAGAACAAACUACAGGCGGUUGCCAACCAGACUUAUCACCAGACCCCACCACCCACCUUCUCCUUCCGAGAAAGAGUGACUCACAAGAGUCUUGUCUACCUCUGGUUCCUGUGCAGUUCCGUGGCACUUGCCCUGGGUGCCCUAACUGUAUGGCACGCUGUUCUCAUCAGUCGAGGUGAGACUAGUAUCGAAAGGCACAUCAACAAGAAGGAGCGACGCCGACUGCAGGCCAAGGGCAGAGUUUUUAGGAAUCAUUACAACUAUGGCUGCUUGGACAACUGGAAGGUAUUCCUGGGUGUGGACACAGGAAGGCAUUGGCUGACUCGGGUGUUGUUACCUUCCAGUCACCUGCCCCAUGGGAACGGAAUGAGCUGGGAUCCCCCUCCCUGGGUGACCGCUCACUCAGCCUCUGUGAUGGCAGUGUGAGCUGGAGUGUGUCAGCCACAACUUGAGCACCACCCUGCUUCCGACAUUGCCUCAAGGGCCUCCAAGGAUAGCUUCUUGGAAUCCUUGAGCAAAAAGAGCCAGUGGGCCUGCCUUACGGUACCAUGCAGGGACAGCUCAAGGACCAGUCUCCCGGCCAUGGCGGAAGCAAGGCAUGAUGUGGAAAAAUCCUAGGACUGAUGUCCCUUUACUCAGGCAAACAGAAGUUCCAGCCCCAGACUGGAGAUCAGGCAGCUAGCAACCUUGCCAGGUACUGACCCCGACCUCCUCCAGCUUACAGCACUGGGGUUGGCUACCACCUCUUCCACUUGCCGUCUGAGAAAACACCUGAAUGGUAGAGCUGAGAUCCUGGCUUCUCAACAGGGCAAAGAUACCAGGCCUACUGCUGAGGUCACUGCCACUUCUCAUGUGCUGAAGGGAGCAAAAAUAAAGGUAUUUGAUUUUU